AUGGCACUCGCAGCCACCACGCAGAUUGCGGUUAUACUGUCUAUAUUCAUUUUACCAAUUCUCACAUAUCUUUACUUCACAAAGAGUCAGCAAGCAAAGAGUACUGCUGGUCCUCUUCCACCUGCGACUGAAAUCACAGGCCUCUUCAUACACCCGAUCAAAUCAUGCCAUGGUUUGUCUGUGAAGUCAGCAAAGCUGUUGCCAACUGGCCUCGACCUUGAUCGACAGUGGAUGUGGGUGAGCUAUCCGAAUUAUGAGUUCCUAACGAUCCGCCAAAACUCGAAGAUGACACUCAUCCGGCCGACCUACGACGAGAAGACUGAUACCCUUACCGUCACUGCACCAGCACCAAAUUCCGUUGAUGAGAAACUGGAGUUCUCUAUCCCCGCUCACCCGUCAAAGGAAUGGCUCGAUCAAAAUACCGAGGAGCACUCGGCAAAGGUAUGGAGUACUACGACAGGAACUCGCGUGUACUCUACUGAGAUGACCGGCCCAUUUAACAAAUUCUUCGACAAGGAGGUGCGACUCGUCUACAAGCCCCCGGUUUCUGAUGACCCCAGGCCUCUCGUAUCGAAUGGUGCACCAAAGGUCUUAGGCAGAGACGCAUCAACUUGCUUCGCGGACCUCAUGCCUGUGCUAGUCGGUAAUCAAAGCAGUAUCGAUGAACUCAACACACGCCUCAAGGCCGCAGAGGACCUCACCAUCGAUGUCCGCCGAUUCAGACCUAACAUCCUCGUCAAAGGUAAUGCCAACGCUCCCUGGGACGAAGAUCGCUGGAAGACUGUCAAGAUCACGCCCAAGGCUGGUGAAAAACCCAUCGUCCUGGACAUCACCCAGCGAUGCGCGCGCUGUCAGGUACCAAAUGUACAUCCUGAUUCGGCAGAGAAGCACAAGACGCAACCUUGGGAUGCGCUGAUGAAGUACCGGAGGAUUGACGAGGGAAUUACAUACAAGCCAUGCUAUGGUAUGCUGGCUGUGCCGAAGACGGUCGGGGAUCUCAGGGUCGGAAUGAAGUUCGAGGUUACGGAGGUCACAGAUAAGCAUCGGUAUAUCGCUGGCUUUUGA